CUCCGGGAGGGGCGGGCGGAGGGGGGAGGGGGCCUGCCGUUCUUCCUUUUCCCUCCCCCGGCUUCGUGUGCCUUCCCUCGGGUGCCUCUGCGCCUGCGCGGCGGGGCCUGAGGCGGGCGGGGCCGGGGCCUCCCCGCGUGGCCCUUUCUCCGCGGGGGGCGGAGAGGAGGAGGAGGAGGCGCCAUGGCCGAGAGAGGCGGCUCGGCGCUCCCGGAGGCCGGCUGGUACCUGUCAGAUGAAGGAAUUGAAGCCUGCACAAAUUCAUCUGACAAAGUCAACAUAAACGACAUUAUUCUGAUUGCACUUAAUACAGAUUUAAGAGCUAUUGGGAAGAAGUUCCUUCCAAGUGACAUCAAUGGCGGAAAGGUGGAAAAGCUAGAAGGUCCAUGUGUUCUACAAAUCCAAAAAGUACGCAAUAUAGCUGCACCAAAGGAUAAUGAAGAAUCUCAGGCUGCUCCAAGAAUGCUGCGUUUGCAGAUGACUGAUGGACACACAAGCUGCACUGCAAUAGAAUAUAAUUAUAUGUCCAAAAUAAGUCUGAACACUCCUCCUGGAACGAAAAUUAAACUGCUGGGAAUUGUGGAAGUGAAAAAUGGCAUCCUCCUUCUGGAUGACAGCAACACAGUGAUUCUUGGCGGUGAAGUGGACCAUCUUAUAGAAAAGUGGGAGUUGCAAAGGAGCUUAUCGAAACACAACAGAAGUAACAUAGGAACGGAAGGUGGGCCUCCUCCCUUUGUGCCUUUUGGGCAGAAGUGUGUAUCUCAGCUUCAAGUGGACAGCAGGGAGCUGGAUCGGAGAAAAACUCUGCAAGUGACAAGCACAGCGAAACCUGCCGGGGACAAUGAUGAGUUUGAAAAACAGCGAACAGCUGCUAUUGCAGAAGUAGCAAAAAGCAAAGAGACUAAAACGUUUGGAGGAGGUGGCAGUACUAGAAGCAAUCUCAGUGUGAGUACAGGAGGGAAUCGAAUCAGGGAAGUGUUCCAAAAAGAGAAGAUCAAGCCUGAGGGGAAAAAUGAAGGUGUCUAUCGAGAACUGGUUGAUGAAAAGGCUCUCAAACAUAUAACAGAAAUGGGUUUCAGUAAGGAAGCAGCAAGGCAAGCGCUUAUGGAUAACAGCAACAACCUUGAAGCUUCAUUGAACUUCCUUCUGAACAGCAAUAAACAAAUGACUGUACAAGGGCCACCUCCUAGAGGGAAGGGGAAAGGCAGAGGCCGGAUACGACCUGAAGAUGAGGAAGAACUAGGAAAUGCCAGGCCAUCGGCUCCAAGCACACUGUUUGACUUCCUGGAGUCUAAAAUGGGUACUCUUGCAGUAGAAGAGCCAAAGUUACAGAUGUCACUGCAGCAUCAGGGGCAGCACAGAGCAAUGAAUACUGAGCAGAAUGGCAUAAAAGUAUACAGUCAGCAAAGGCAUGUUCCUCGAAAUGACACCAGGCAGCCAAGGAACGAGAAGCCACCUCGUUUUCAGCGAGACAGUCAAAAUUUGAGGCACGGCAUGGAGGGGAGCGUUUCAAUGAGAGCCAGAGCUUCCGAAAGACAAAAUUCUUUGGGCCCUGAACAAUGGACUGAGGAGAGAAAUCGGUGUGAUAGACUUUAUGCUCGAAAAGAUACUGCCUAUCCCACAGCUGUUCACCCUGGUGACUUUCAUUUUAAGCGGGACAUCCCAGUGCAAAGCAGACAAGGGAAAGUUGCAUCACCCAUGGAAAUGAAAGAGAAUUCUGCUGCUCAAGAGGCAUCUGACAACAAUAAUCAGAAACAGGGAAGUAGGGAAAACCAGAUACACCAUCCUGACAAUUUCUAUGAUAGGAAAACACUAAUGCUAACCAAUGAAACUUUAACUGGCUUAAAAAAUGAGCAGCACUUUGGUAUGAACAUAGAUUAUCAAAACCCUGUUAGAACUGAUCGUUUUAGUUCUGUACCAAAUGGCGAUGUGGAGCAUUUUCAGAAAGGAAGGAGAGUUGGACCUAUUAAACUGCCUGCGCCCAACAUGGCCCCAGCAUUUGAUGUAAAAAUGUACUAUGAUACUGGGCCCAAAAAGAGAUCUGGACCCAUCAAACCAGAAAAAAUGGUGGAACCAUCUACUUCAAGAGAAUAUGGGAAAAGCUGGCAACCAGGGGAUGAAUGUUUCGCCCUUUACUGGGAAGAUAACAAGUUUUAUCGAGCAGAAAUUGAAGCUCUUCAUUCCUCUGGGACAACUGCAGUUGUUAAGUUCUGUGAUUAUGGAAACUAUGAAGAGGUGUUACUAAGCAACAUCAGACCCAUUCAAGCUGACACCUGGGAAGAGGAAGAAUUGGCUUAUGAACAAACUUUAGAAUUCCGAAGAGGUGGUGAUGGACAGCCCCGGCGGUCAACACGGCCUACUCAACAGUUUUACCAACCUCCAAGAGCUAGGAACUGAUAAUGGGUAUUUGUUGUGGCAAAAGUUCUCCGUGUUCUCCUUGGUGCUCAAGACGUCUCACUUUGCCUCAUGGAUGGCACUUGAUAAAGAAGGCUGGUACGAGCAGGGAGUACGUAUAGGAUGUAUUCAACAGAGACAUUUUUUUAAGUUCCACGAAGAUAAACUUUUUACAUAUGAAAUAAAACCAUUGUUAAUAUUGCCAUCAAUAAAAGCCACCAUGAUCUUCCCUG